GUUUCACCGUCACGUGACUUCCGACGAGUCUUGCCCAUGAGAAGAUCCAGCGCGCGAGAUCUUCCUCACAUUUCCACAUAAUUGAUGGGUUUGUGAGUGAUGGAGGAUCACACGCAGUGCACAAUCUGCUAUGAACAGUUUAAAAUCCCAGUGACCCUCCGAUGUGGUCACACCUUCUGCAAGGAAUGCAUCUCGAAAUUCUGGGAUGGCAAGCAGAGAAAGGAUCAGGUCCUCCAAUGCCCCAUGUGUAAUCACAUCUUUGAGACGAGGCCUCUGCUCAAUCGGAACGUGUCUCUCUCUAUGAUAACCGAGGCGGUGGCAGCAAGCAGUCCGGUUAAGAGAGAUGUUACUACAGGAGCAUCCGUUCACACGGAGCCGGAGGAGCUGUGCAGACGUCAUCAGAAACCUCUGGUCAUUUACUGCAGGAACGACAGCAUGUGUGUGUGCUAUGAGUGUGCGGUGAAUGAGUGCAAGGGCCACGAUCAGAUCUUGGUUGAAGAAGAACGAAAGAACAGAGAGGCAGGAUUGAAAGGGAAGUGUGAAGAAAUCGUGAAACAGCAAGAAGCUGUUGAGAGAUGUUGUCUGGAGCUCAAGGAAAACAUGGCCGAAACAAAGGUGUCAUUACAGCAGACGUCUCAGUGGGUGAUCGGCAAGUUCUCUCAUCUGAUAAAGGUGUUGGCAGAGAAAGAGGAAGUGACACAGCGUUUUCUGGAGCAGCAGCAAGAUGUGACCGUGCUGCGGGCUGAGAAGAGGCUGGCUGUGCUGGAGGAGAGACAGAAGCAGCUCGCAGCUCUUCAGCAGGAGAUCACGAGUCUGUGUUCUCUUCCUCACUGCCAGCUCAUCAAGGAGUCCAGGCUUAUAGAUGUCCCACACUUCAAUGAAGUUCCUGUGGAUGCGAACACAUGCCUUCAGGAGAAGCUGAACCCUGUCACAGACGUUCUGUCUCGCGUCUCUAAGCUGGUGUGUGAAGAUCUGGAGAGAGCCGUGCAGGCGUUUGCAGGACAUGAGAAGGAAGGUUCUCCGCAUGAUAAGAGGCCCAUUCUUGCUGUCGUUCCCAGUCCUGCAUCCUCAUCAUCAUCGUAUCCGGCUGAGAGGGAGGGGCAUAGAGCAUACCAUUGCAGCCUGACCUUUGACCCUCGCACCGCCAACGCUCACCUGCGUCUUUCCCGUGGUAACCGUAGGGCGGAGCACCUCACCUCCGGGCCCCGCCCGGUCCCCACCGACAAGUCGCGCUUCGAUCACACGUGGCAGGUGUUGUGUUUCGAGAGCUUCAAGGAAGGUCAGCAUUACUGGGAGCUGGAGGUGUCCAAACCGUGGGCCUACGUGGGCGUGACGUACCCCAACAUCCCACGCAAAGAGAAGGGCAAAUGCUGCAUGGUGGGCAUGAACGAGCUGUCGUGGAGCCUGCAGCUUGACGAACAUCAACUGAGUGCUUGGCAUGCCGGAUGCAAGGAGCCCGUCGCAGGUCGGCUUGCAGCUAACUCGCUGUCGCUGCGCAUCGGAAUGCUGCUGGACUACGAGGCCGGAACGCUCACCUACUACCAGGGACAGGUGCGUCUGCACGCCUUCCACUGCGCUUUCACACAGGAGCUGUUUCCAGCGUGCUGGAUUGGGGAAGGUGUCACUGUUACGCUCUGCGAACCCUGAACAUCUUUGUUGUUUUGUGACCUCAAACCAGAUUGAAGAAGUCUAAUUUCUUGCUGAACCUUUCGUGUUUUUGAGACGUGCUGAGAUUUGUCUUGGGAGAAUCACGCAAAUGUUGCACUGUUAUAACCUCUUUGGAAGACUCGUCAAUACAUACAUUUGUAUGUCGAGUUCAAGAGAGAUCAUUGUCUGCUGUAUCUCCUUAAAGAUGUGCAAAGCAAUUUGUACAUUUAUUAUAGGACCCUACAAUCACACAGUUGCCCGCUAGCGAUACCAAGACCUUAAUCUGAUCGAAUAUGCACUCAAUGCACUGUAAUUCUCUUUGGAUAAAAACAUCUCUCAAUGAAAAUGCAGUCUGUGUUUAAAGAUCUGCUGUUGAGGAUGCUCAUGGUUAUUUUAGGUAGAUCCUGGUAAAUGUUUUUCCACUUGUUCUGUUUUAGUAACAUUUAGAUUUUUUUUAAUAUAGAGUUUAUCCUUAUCAGUGCACACAUCCUGUUGCACACUCGAGUAUUAAUAUCUGGGUUAAAAAUAUCAAUUCUUCGGUUUCAUUAACAUUGAUUAGAAGGGAAUACAAAUGCACAGCAAACUGUACUGUACUACAUUAUCACUACAUGAAUUCAUGUUUAUUUCAAGGAGUCCAUUUAUAAAUGAUCACUUGGAAUUUUUGUCUGUUUUUCAGACUUUUAGCAGUCUGGUUAAAUAGUAAUGCACAAAAUUACUUCGUUUAUUUGUCACACUGAAAAUGAUUAAAUAUUGAAGAUCAAAAGCACAUUGUAUUGUGGGAUGCAGUAUCUCAUACUGUCUGCUGACUGAAUAGUGCAGACUGUGAAGUGAAGUGAUAUUUUAUAGCUCUCAAUUAUACUUGAACGUUAAAUGACAAAAAUGUAUGUCAAAAUAAAGAAAAAAUUAUCCAUUACAUAUUGA